AGAAGAGAAAACAGCUGCCGCUAGGCGCUAGCGUACGUUUACUUUCUCCACCAAAGAUGACCGGCAAAGCUCUCCCAAUGGUGGUUGAACCCAACAUCUUCAAGAAGAUCGCUGCCGUCCCCAAUGAGAAAGACCUGAUCGACAGCUUAUUCUCCGAGCAACAACGCCGGACACCUACCUUCCUCCACACGGAAUCGCUCCCUCCUUCCCUCCUCCUCCGCCAGUCCUACGUGCGAAAGGUGAAGCACGCACACCUAUACUUCAGCAGCAAGCUCUCCAAAAUCGCACACGACUUCCCCCGCCUGAACUACAUCCACCCUCUCUACGCCGGCCUCCUCCGCGCCGAGGAUCGCUACGACGUCGCCCUCGCCCGCAUCAACAACGCCAGGCUCCUCAUCGCCGACAUAUCCGAGGAGCACCUCAAGUUCAUGACGGAGUACUGCGGAGUUGGCGGCGCUCCCACGCCGCUUCGCACGUGCAGGUCGUUGUGCGUUUCCGCCGUGGGCCGGAUGUGCACCGUGGUCAGGAGGCUGGGGCCGAGUCUGGCGUAUCUCGAGGAGACCAGGCUGCACAUGGCGGGGCUCCCCUCCAUCGACCCCGACGCCCCGACGAUGGUGCUCGUCGGCUCCCCCAACGACGCGAAGAGGUCGUUCAUGCGGCAGAUGGCUGGAGGUGAUCAUGUCGACUACUGGCACGCUUUCUAUGUGGCUCGCGUGGCGGGCAUGGACCAGGUGAUAAAUACGGUGGCGUCGAUCGACCUGAAGACGACAUCGGCCCUGGCGCGUCUCCGGUGCGCCUGCGUCCUGUUCUUCCUGGACCUGUCGGACGACGUGAGGCGGCAGGCCGCACUGUUCCGCAACGUGAAGUCCGUGUUCGUGGACAAGCCCUUCGUGGUCGUUGUCCACCGCAAUGUGGAAGGACUGAGUGAGGUGGAAAUGGUGUUGGUCAGGGAGAUGACAUCGCCCGAAGCACUGGCGCCGUCGUCGUCUGGUGGUGGGACGGGCAACGACGGCAGGAAGAUGGGUAUGGCUAUGGUCAUGGGGACGGUGGACGAGAAGAGCAUGAUGCGUGUGAAGGAGGUGGCCUGUGAGCAGCUGCAGGAGCUGAAGAUGAAGGCAGAUGGAUAUAGCAGAUUGAACGUUGCCAUGCCUAACGAAGCAGCAGAGGUGAGGACGGUCUGGAACAUGCCGACUGGCCGGUUCCAACUCGGUGCUCGUAAAGAUAACGUGCAUGGCUGCCAUAUUGAUACCGAUAUCAUGCUGAGGCUUCUUGAGUUGGAAUGUGGCGAAGGGGAGAUUAUUAAGCAAGCUGAAGCAGAAGAAGAAGGUGAUAUGAGGAGGAGCGUUGGCAGGCUGGUCCCAAGGCUAUGAGGUCAUUCAUUUAUUUGUAUUUCAAUUCGGUAUUUCCUAUUUUUGCGGAUUAAGGAUUCGAAAUUUUUAUUUUUCGGACU